GACCAAAAGAUCCACACACAGAAAGACUUCAGAUCCUUCAGAGUAAGAUUCAAAUUGACUUACAUAUAUCAUCCAACAAUCGGGUUUGAGAUCCUAAACCGUUCAGUAUCCAACUUUUACUAUCAAAGAUGGAAGAUCCAGUGAAAGAGAUUCGAGACGUUGUAAGGGGAGUCACUGAGCCAUAUGCAGCGUCUGAAAUUGCUAAGAAUAUAGAAAAAUAUUAUACAACAGAUGCCAUCAUACAACAUCUAGUUGGCGAGUUGGCACGUGGACCAAAUUCGAGAGAUCAAUUAGUUGGACUUUAUAAAAUAUUUCGAAUGUUUACUAUAGAUCAAAAGAUCUGGUUCCAUUCUGUUAUGUUCAACGAAGACUUGACCUCAUGUGCCAUUGAUCUUACUGAAGAUUUCUAUUUUAGAAACAUACCAAUAAUCAGGUCAAGGAUCUUUAAAGGUAGGUUACUAGUCAUUUUGGAUCUGAAGAAAUUUGAAGACGGAAAAUAUCGAAUCUCUAGACAAUUUGAUAUACCUAUCUCAGAUGUUACAUUGUUUGGAUUAGUUUCUCAGAUUUUACCAGGAGUAGGUGAAGUUAGUCGACUGGUUAGAGAAACUACUACUGCUUGGGCGGGUAAAAUGGGGAAUUUGUUUUUAUCACUUGGUUGGUUUGGGGAUUGAGAAAGAAAAUCAUCAUAUAUGACAUCUGGAUAUGGGUUAUGCAUCAAAAAGCGUGCAAUGUUAUAUGUGUCACAUUUUUUGAAC